AUGUCUGCUUCACAUAAGGUCGUCCUUGUAACCGGGUGCAGCGCGGGUGGCAUAGGAUUCGCACUGUGCGAGGAGUUCGCAGCGCGCGGAUGCAAGGUGUACGCGACUGCGCGCCGUGUGCAGGCGAUGGAAGGCUUCAAGCACGAAAACAUCCAACGGCUGCAGCUGGACGUCACCAGCGAGGAGAACAUCAGCACAGUCGUCCAAACCAUUGUCAACGAGGAGGGAAAGAUAGACAUCGUGGUCAACAACGCAGGGGUUCCCUGCCAUGGCCCAUUGAUUGAUGUCCCCAUAGACACUGUCCAGCGAGUCUUUGAGACGAACGUGUUCUCUAUCUUGCGCGUCUCGCGGGCAGUUAUACCCUAUAUGGCCUCGCGGAAGAGCGGUACGAUUGUGAAUAUAGGAUCCAUCGCGGGUGAAAUCACCACCCCUUGGAGUGGCAUCUACUCCGCGACGAAAGCGUGCGUCGAGAGGUUCAGCGAGUCGCUUUACAUGGAGUGCCAGCCGUUCAACAUCUCUGUCGUGCACAUCUCGCCGGGCGGUGUGACCUCCAAUAUCGCGCAAAACAUGCUCACCCAGCUUGCGCUGCCACCAGACUCGCUGUACAAGCCGUACGUUGACGCGAUCAUCAUGCGCGUUAACGUGAGCCAGCAGCGCGCGAUGUCAGCGGAGGAGUUCGCGCGCCGUGUGGUUGGCGCGGCCAUCGCCCACCGUCCUCCGCGGUAUAUGACGCUGGGCACGUCGUCCUUCUUGUUCGCAAUCUUCAAGUGGCUCCCGAGAGGAUGGGUGUUAGGACGGCUAUGGAAAACCUUCGGCUGGCGGAGUGACAAGGCGGCAUAG